AUGGCCAUCUCACCAUCGGAAAACGUGGCACAGGCCCAUGAUGCCGCUGAUUCCUACGGCAAUACGGUCGCUGCGCCGACGUACGACGACGCGACGGCCGAACCCGAAGUCACGGGCGUCUUCAAACACAUCGCCAAGGUCAUCCCCUACUUUCGCAACCCGCGCCAUGUGCUUGUCUUCAAGCUCGAUGUCUUCCUGCUUGCCUGGAUGUUCCUCGCCGGCAUCAUGAAGGAGAUGGACCAGAGCGCGACGACGCAGGCCUACGUCUCGGGUAUGCGCGAGUCGCUGUCGCUUUACGGCAACGAGCUCGUCCUCUUCAACACCUUUUUCAGCAUCGGCUACGCCAUCGGCCUCGUGCCGGGCCAGCUCAUCCAGACACGCUUGCGGCCGUCGCUCUUUCUGCCCUUCUGCGAGAUGGCCUGGGGCUUCUUUGUGCUCUUCACCUACAAGGCCAAAAGCGCCGAGACGGUCUACGCGCUGCGCUUUUUCCUCGGUCUGCUGUCGGCCGCCUUCUGGCCCUCGGUCGUCGCCCUCAUCUUCAACUGGUACACGCCGCGCGAGCUCGCCGUGCGCCUGGCCGUCUUCACCGUCUCGGACGUCGCAGGCGCCAUGUUCCUCGGUGCCCUUCAGGCCGCCCUCUACCGCAACAUGAACGGCGUCCACGGCCUGCAUGGUUGGCAGUGGCUCUUCGUCAUUGCCGGCGCCGCCACCAUCGGCCAGGGUCUCGUCGCCUUCUUCACGAUCCCCGACAGCCCGGCCAUCACGCGCGCCAUCUGGCUCUCCCCCGCCGAGCGCGUCCUUGCCCGCGACCGCAUGGCCUCAUUCGGCGCCAAGACGUCCUCGAUGCUGCGCCCGGCGGCCCUGCGCCGCAAGCUCCGCCAGAUCGUCAUCCACCCCGUCACCUACUUUUUCCUCUUCGCCUUUGCCCUCAACGCCUGGGCGCACCGCGCCAACGCCUACUUUGUCCUGUACCUCGAGUCGCUGACCAACGCCGACGGGUCGCGCCGCUACAGCGUCUACCAGGUCAACGUGCUGCCGCUCGGCGGCUACGCCCUGCAGAUCGUCACGACCGUAGGCCUCAACGCCCUCUCCGACUGGAAGCACUGGCGCUGGCAGGUCAGCAUCGGCAGCGCCGCCUUCCACGGCCUCUUCCUCGCCGUCCUCUGCGCCUGGCCGCCCAACGACCGCGUCGUCCUGAGCUUCUACUUCCUCACCUACGCCACCAACGCCGGCUCCUCCUCGCUCAUGGCCUGGUUCGCCGAGAUUCUGCGCAAGGAGCCCGAGGCCCGCGCCAUCAUCGUCGCCGCCACCGUCACCAUUGUCUACGUCGGCCAUGCCACCAUUCCGCUGCGCGCCUGGCGCGUCGCUGACGCGCCCCGCUACCCUAUCGGCUUCCCCCUCGUCACGGCCUUUACGGGCCUCACCGUCCUCGUGCAGCUCGGCCUGCUGUUCUGGGAGAGGCGCCACCCCGAGAUUGUCGAGUACGGCUACGAAAAGGGGCCUGCGGGGAGCGUGGCCGGGUCGGAUGAGGAGGGUGGACGCGUCGAUGGCAAGCUGUCGCCCGAGGUCGUCUUGGAGGCCGCCAAGUAA